GCAUGCGUCGUAUAUAUUGUUAUUACUUCUUCUUUCGUUUUUAAAAUAUAUGUAAAAUGUAUCAUAAUGGGGGGACACGGGGAUGUAGAGCGUGGUAAUGCUCCUGGUGGUCCUGGCAGAUGUAAGUACCUACCACUGCGUAAAUUUGGACAUUUAGCUUUUUCUCCUGUGAAACAUUUUAUAUGGAUGGCGUUUCACAUUCGUUCAUUAACGAGAGUUUUUGAUCUGGGCAUCAGCACUGUAUUUCGAUUUAGCCUCUACAUUUAUUGGUUCGUGGCAGGACGAUAUCCUACUUUUAUAGAAGAGGAUAUUCGAAGACAGAUAUUAAAUGAAGCAGCGAAGUAUGAAAGUGAAAAUGUUAAACGACUUGAGAAAGAAAACAAGACAUUAGCGAUUGAAAAAGACGAUGCUCUCAGACGAUUGAGUGAAGUUGUUUCCGUGCGACUACGAGACAACAACCCUAAUAUAGCUGAUUUGAAUGACCAAUGUCGACCUACAAAACUGGCAGAAAUGUUUAGCGAGCUGUAUGACAACGAAUGGACAUGUGCCUAUGCUACUAUUGAAAAAGAACUUGAUGAAACAAAAACUAUAAGACUUCUUCUAAAUAUAAUGAUGCAAGCGUAUGGUUUUUGCGAAGAAACAGUUGCUGACCCAUGGAAUGUUGUUACGAAGUGGUUUCUCGACAUGAAUCUACCAGGAGCACAACAGACAUCCAAAUGGCUAAAGGACAGUCGUAAAGCUAAUAUUAGAAACAAACUUCAUGAAGUUAGAGAUGAUUUCAAGAAAGAAGUAUUCAAGACGUUUAAAGAGAAUAAAAUCAUUGAUCUACUUGAAAAAGAUGAAGUUGACAAAUACCUUGAGAAAUGUGUGGAAGUAAGUUUGUUAAUGGUUACUACAGAUCCACCAGUAGUGGUUCUGUGUCCUGAAUUAGAAGAAAAUGAUCGAGAUAUAUCGCACAUCGAAGAAUGUCAACCAUUUAUGGGCAAAGCCAUUGAUAGUAGCAGCGAUGAAAAAGAUAGAGAUGAUAAAGAAGAAAACAAUACAGAAACUAUUGCACCCAUUGAACAUCAGAAAAAGAAAACAGAUUUCGAUAAAAACCUAUUUAAAGAAUACACAUUUCGGGGAAACUACUUUGAUUUCAUUGUAUGGCCUGCAUUGUUAUUGCAUAAGGAUGGACCUCUGUUGAGUAAGGGAAUUGCACAAGGGAUGAAUAACAUCAAAAUAUGCCAGACAGAUGAAUCAAAAGUUGAAGCAAAAUAAUGAAUAUAAUCUAUGAUAAUGAACAAAGUUACUUUGCUUUAAUCAAAAACAAUAAAAACUGUGUGUCUGAAAUAUUUUGUUCGACAUGUUAAAACUAGGAAAUAAAGAUUGUAUGAUCA